UGGGAACGCUUCCGUGUCGCCCUCAUCUAACGCAUCAAUGAUGAUCACUCAGACGGUGAUGUCGUGAGGCGGAGAGGCUCAGCCACUAGUUUUUGAAAUUUCAUCGCGAAUGGGGGACUGGGUCUUCCUCUUCUCGAAGGGUCGUCAGUUCAUUAUCUACUCAGUUCAAAGUGUGACAUCUCGGUUGCCGCCUCUAUUGUACCAAAGCAUUUCAAGAUCCUCCAUCCACCAGCAACUCUUACUCUUUCAUACCUCUGUUGACUGCUAUCCACACCUGCACGAUGUCUAGCGUACAAAAUCCUUCGGACUCCUUGCAACGCCCUGGAACAUCGUGCAGCCAUCCGCAACCGUCGCUUUUCUCAUCCUCCCCACCCCACAUCCCCCAAAUCCAAAUCACUGGGUCCCAGAUAUCCCAGGAGAGUGACAUCACCCGCCACAACCAACGCAGACGGUUGAUGGGAUCUUAUUCCCAGCCUCGGGCGACCGCCCAGACCGAACUGUGUGAAGAUUGUGGUGAUUCGAAGAAACCGCGAUCUUUCUUCUCCCGUGCGAUUGGAAGCAUCCAUAGAAAGCUAAGUCCCAAUCGUGGCAAAUCGAGCACGCCCGUUCCACCCCCUGAGCAGGAUGUUAAUGAUCAGCGUGCAACACUCAACACCGAUCACAACACCGACAGUACAAGCGUCCAUGCGCAACUGAGACACAAGGGUAUCAACGUACCCCCCCUCUCAGAGCUCGCAGCCGCGCCGCUGUCCAGCUCGGAUACCGGUCGAAAGAAAACGAUCAUUGGCGCCACGAGGCUGAUUCUCCAAAGUGCCGUCUCCGCUCUUCGAUUUUCUCCGGUUCCGAAUCUCGACGCGAUCCCCAAUCUACUUCUGACAUGGCUACAGCUCUAUGAGACAGUCGACGGAAAUGAUGAAAAUCUCAAAGGAUUGAACGACGAGGUCAAAAGGGCCUACACCACCAUCUUGCAGCCACUUCAAAUGUGGACGAGUCAAGCUGGUGAGAUCCCACCUGAAGUUGUUUCACUGAUCAAAGAAUUUCACUCUGAUCUGGAAGAGCAAGUUAGACGGAUUAAAUCCCUCGAAAGUCAAAAAGUGGGAAAGAGAGUGAUCUCAGCGACCGAGAUAACCCAAAAAAUAGCCGAUGUUAAGACUUGUGUUGCUAAUGCUGUCUCUCGUUUCGCGACAGUGGCAACCACUUUAAAUCUCCUUAGCACAAUCCGGACAUCGGUAGAUUAUGAACUCUCGAAGCUUGCAAAGGCGGACGCCGAAUAUUUCUCAGUAAAAAGCAAGUCAGAAUGUCUUGAAACAACACGCGAUAAAAUUCGCAGCUCAAUCCUUGAUCAUCUGAAGGAUCCCAAGAACCGAUUUGUCUGGUUGCGUGGCUCGCCGGGAACUGGGAAAACUGCGGUGUCUCUGAGCGUGGCCUCCACUCUUGACAACCAAGGUUGCUUGGCAGCAUCUUUCUUCUGGGAUAAGAAUCAGCAGGGAACUGGCCUCGAUUCCAUUGAACGCUUUCCAUCGACCCUUGCUCUCCAGCUUGCGGAGUUCAGCCCGGAAUACAAGAGCCUACUUAUAAAGGAACUCCGGCAUCCGCAAUCUUUGAAGAAGGUUCAGGGUCCUGUUCUGGAAAAACAGAUGCAGGCUUGGAUAAUCAACCCUAUACGUCAACUUGGGGAUAUAUUGUCUUCAGAGAAAGACCGCUUCAUUAUUAUUCUAGAUGGAUUAGAUGAAUGUGGGGACCCGGGGACGCUCGAAUCCUUGAUGAAGCUCGUAGUUCUGCUUCAUAAGCUACCCUCUGCUUUUGCCGCAUUGGUCAGUUGUCGACCUGAGACACAGGUUGUUACAGCUUGGGAUGAAGCCCGGGAUCAGGGUCUCAUCAUCCCAUGCGAAGACGUUGAUAAGAUCUCAAAGGAUGAAACUUUCCACACAAUCCGGCUCAUGGUAGAGGAAGGGCUUCGGGAUUGUAUCAAGAAAUCAACGUGGAAACCAACAAGUGAAGAUCUGGACGCUUUUGCUUUUGCUUGCCGCGGAUUACCCAUCAUGGCUUCGAUCCGAGUCCGCGACGUCGCACUCCAGACUCGACAUGGCCGCACACUGCAAUCGGAGUUCCGACACUUAUGCAAUCUUAUCCAUGCACCAGCGGACCUCAACUCUGAGUAUUUGCGUAUACUCCAUCGAGCUUACAUGCCAGACCGCUCCAGGAUCCAUCCAGAAGUGGCCAAGAAUUAUCAUGCGGUGAUUGGCACCAUGGUUACGGCACCCGUGGCGUUUAGUGUGCAUGGGAUGUCACAAAUACUGGAGAUCUCUGAGGAUGAGGUUCGUGCAACCUUGGAACCCAUCAGCUCAAUGGUCGAUCUUCCCUCGGACAAUGCAGAGGAUAUCAAAUUCUACCACGCGACUGCAAGGGAAUUUGUUACAGGUGAUCCGAUUGGCGAGGGAAGUGAUAAAGUCUUCUUCAUUCACGGGGACAAAUAUUUUCUCGGAUUACCACUCCUUCGAUUCAUAAAUGGUAUCAGCGAGCGAAAUGGGCUCGACAUCCCCAUCGAACAUCCUUUGGGAGAUGAAAAGAAGUGGAAGAGUUUUGUCACUAAGCAGUGGCCCAUACAUGUCAAUUAUGCGUUCAAUAGAGAGAGUUCAACCGUUUGCUUACACGAAACUUGCUCUCAUACAUUGUGAUGGUACCUACAAGGGCGGUAUAUGUGCAGGAUGAAUUGGUUGAUCAUUUUCCAAUCCUGGGGGAAGCUUUAAGGACUCUUUUCCACGGUCACGUAUCCAGAGACCGCCCUUGGCAACUUU